AUGUCCUCAAUUCGUCUCAAGCGGUCUGGAUCUGGCAAUUUGGAUGCGCGUUCAGCAAAAAAGUCGCUCGUAAUCAAAUUUCCGGUUGCACAUAUGAGCCUCGUGGAUGCAGUCGAUAUAGCAGCCAGAUACAAUGAAACUUUGUUUGCCAAGCAUACCCAAGAAGAAUCUUUGAAAGCUCGCAUGACUAUCUCGUCUGCCUUUUCUGCCAAAUAUAUAAAGUUGGAUAAGGUGAUUGAAGCUCAAGACUUGGCCAUUGAACAGUCCAAAGCCGUGAUUGCUGCGCUGGACCGGUUGAUUCAAAAUUUCGAUACUCUUCCUUCCAGGAGAAUUGAAGCGCUUCUUCCUGGAAGUUCUGUGGAAAUGCUCGCAACUAUUCUACAAUCGUUCAACGCAGUCAACAGCCAUGAGCAAGAUGCCCAGAAACAGAUUAUAAAGAAUGCUGAAAAGACAAGAGUGGUCGCCAACGCAGCUAAGAUGAUGUUAGCAGAUCGUGAAAAGCGUUAUUUGCUUCUUUAUUUCGUUACGCCUAUUGCCUCAAGAGGAUGUGGUGUAGAAAUUGGUAACUAUACUGGUCUUGCGGCAACCCAACGAACCGCGCGAACUUGGGCUGCAAAGUUUGCAAUGGAGGAGAUGUUUAGGGUCGGUGAGAUUGAUCGCUGGUGGGAGGCUGAUACCGCUGAAGUGGAUGGGGUAAUGGCGAUAGAUCUUGGCUCUCUUUUUUAA